AUGCCGUUUGGAACCCAGGUGAACAGAACAAGUCCAAUGCAACUAUCUGAUGAUUAUGUCAAUGCAUGUUCAAUGCUAUAUAUUAUGGUAGUCCAUCAUUCACAGUGGUUCAAAGUUCAAACCAUUGGAGCUAAACCAAUGGAAACAUCAUCACUUCUUCAAAUAUUACUAAUUGUCAUCAAUUUUGCAACAAGACUUGCUCAUAAUGGCAAUGCCCAGUUAGUGAAUUGCAAAGCAUCCGACAGAGAAGCUCUUAUUGAGUUCAAAAAUGGACUCUCGGAUCCAAAUAACCUUCUCUCAUCAUGGCAAGGAGGCGAUUGCUGUCAAUGGUGGGGAAUAGGCUGCAACAAUAGAACUGGAGCUGUAAUUACUGUUGAUAUCCACAACCCAGAUCAAUUUCCAGGAAAGUUUGCGUUAGGAGGGGAGCUUAGAUCAUCAUUAGCAAAACUAAAGUCCUUGGAAUAUUUAGACUUGAGUUUUAAUGCAUUCAAUGGCAACCAAAUUCCUACAUUCUUUGAGUCUUUUGAGAGACUGCGAUAUCUAAACUUGGCAAAUUCUGGAUUUGGUGGAAAAAUACCUCCAAAUUUGGGAAACAUCUCUUCCUUGCAGCACCUUGACAUCUCUUCCACUUUUGGAGAAAAUUUUCUUGAUAAUCUUGAAUGGGUUACUGGCCUCACGUCCCUGAAAUAUCUAGUGUUGGAUGGGGUUGACCUUGCAAUGGUAGGAUCAAAAUGGGUUAGACCACUUAGCAUGCUUCCAGCUUUAAGUGAAGUUCACUUAUCUGAUUGUAACUUACAAAGGUCCACUUUGUUUGUUAGCUUUGCUAAUUCUAGUUCACUUGCUGUCAUAGACCUCAGUUACAACAACUUGAACUCGAUCCCCAGAUGGCUUGUGAAUAUCAGUAGCCUCUUAUCUGUUGAUCUCAGCUAUAACAGCAUUCAGGGGAGCAAUUCAAUUGGUUUUUGCAACCUACCAAAUCUGCGGUUCUUGAAUAUUGGUAACAAUAAUCUCGGUGUCAGCAGCUAUCAACUAUUCAAGCAGAGCUGGAGCAAGUUAGAGGUUCUUCAAUUGGAUAACAAUUUUGUGCAUGGUAAGCUGCCUGCUUCCAUCGGAAACAUGACAUCUCUCACUCAUCUUGAUUUGUCCCGCAAUUACAUUGAAGGUAGUAUUCCCAGCUCAAUCCGUCCACUGCCUCAUUUGCAGAACUUCUUGUUGAGCUGCAAUCAGUUGUGUGGUAUGCUGCCAAGUUGGUUGGGUCAGCUUCAAAAUCUUGUUGAACUUCAUUUAAAUUCUAACUUGUUCAAUGGAACUCUUCCAGACAAUUUGGGACAAAUCUCAAAGUUGUCAACCCUAGAUGUCUCUUCCAAUCAUUUGACUGGAAACCUCCCUGAAAGUAUGGGCAAACUUUCUCUGUUGAAAUACCUAGAUGUCUCCUCCAAUAGGCUGGUUGGUAUUGUCUCGGAAUCCCACUUUUUAAAGCUAAAAAAGUUGGUGUUCUUGGAUUUAUCCUUCAACUCUUUGAUUUUCAAUUUCAGUCCUAAUUGGGUUCCUGCAUUUCAACUGAAGUCACUCAUGAUGCGUUCAUGCAAUUUGGGGCCUUCGUUUCCAGGUUGGCUUAGAUCUCAAAGACAUAUUCUGGAAGUGGAUUUAUCGAAUGCUAAUAUCUCAGGCUCCAUACCCAACUGGUUUUGGGAUAUUUCUGGCAGUCUCUUUUUGUUAAAUUUUUCUUCUAAUUUGUUACAAGGUCACUUACCGAGUACUUUCAGUGUAGAUUUUUGUGCAAAAGUUGAUUUGAGUUUCAAUCUUCUUGAAGGUCGCAUUCCUCUUCCAAGUAACCAAAUUGCAGUAUUAAAUCUUUCUAAUAACAAAUUUUCUGGUCCCAUCCCGGAAAAUGUAGGUGACAACUCACUCAUUUUAGUCCUUUCUCUUGCAAGCAACCAAAUUACCGGUGCAAUCCCAACAUCUAUUGGGAGAAUGCAGGAAGUGCAAGUCAUUGAUCUCUCAAGGAACAAUUUAACAGGACGAAUUCCUAAGAGCAUAGGGAAUUGCAGUUUCUUGCAGGUCCUAGACCUUCAGAACAACUAUUUAACGGGGAGAAUUCCAAGUUCUUUGGGUCAGCUAACUGUUCUUCAUACAAUACAUCUAAGAAACAACAAGAUCACAGGAAAACUACCUUCAUCUUUCAAAAAUUUGUCAAGGUUGACAACUCUGGACCUUGGUUGCAACAGGUUGACUGGUAUAAUUCCACAAUGGAUUGGAGAAGCUUUUCCGGUUCUUAAAAUUCUUGACUUGAGGUCAAACGUGUUUUCAGGAGAACUUCCUUCUGCACUUUUGAAACUGAGUUCACUGAAUGUCUUGGACCUAGCAGAAAAUCAGUUGAGAGGAACCAUUCCCACUAACCUUGGUAGUCUUAAAUCCAUGACACAAGGAAAAAGCAUUCGUGAGGACUUACUUUAUUUUCUGGGAGAUUACUAUUACCAAGAACAUAUAGUUGUGAAUACAAAAGGCCAAUCUUUAGAGUACACAAGGACACUUUCCUUUCUGACAUGCAUUGACAUUUCUGGAAACUAUUUACACGGAGAGCUCCCACAUGAAGUAACAAAAUUGGAGGGAUUGGUGAUUUUGAACUUGUCAAGGAAUCACAUCAGUGGUCAAAUUCCUCAGGACAUUUCAAAAUUAUGUCAAUUGGCAUCCCUGGAUCGUUCAAGCAAUACGUUUUCAGGUCCACUCCCUCCAAGCAUGGUUUCAAUGUCAUUUUUGGAGUACUUGAACGUAUCAUACAACAACUUCUCAGGUCUGAUCCCUUAUUCAGGUCAAAUGGCAACUUUUGAGGCUUCUUCUUUUGCAGGAAACCCAAGACUUUGUGGUGCUCCUCUUGUUGUUGAGUGUUUUGUUUCCGAUCCCCCUGUUUCAGGAGUCAUUAGGGAGAUUGACAAUCGUUACGCUGUUGACAAGUGGUUUUACCUUGCCAUUGGGUUGGGAUUCGCAGUCGGUUUGUUGAUUCCUUAUUUAAUUAUGUCAACCAAAAGAAGUUGGAGCUUUGUGUACUUCGAUUCUGUGGAUAAAACCGUUGAUGAAAUUUUAUAUUUAGGUUGCAAAACAGCAGCUCAUUUUAGGAACUAUUGUUUUCAUCGUCAUUAA